UGGACAUGCGCGCGCCGACAGGUGCAGGCUAGGCAUAGCCGAAGAUCGGAAGAGACUUGACCCGGAGCAAGCGGCGUGUUGUACGAUGAAAUCCCGGCUCAGCUCAGCUAGUCUCAUACUCGUACCGUCAAUGUGUGUGUGAGCGUGUUAAUUUCAAUCAGUGACCCUGUGAAAAGAUCGCUAGUCAUUUAUAAGAUAUAGAAAUAAAACAUUCAACAUGGAGCUGGAAGAGCAGACAUUGCAGUUGAUAGAUGCAGUCAACGUCACAAUGAACCCAGUAAUUGAUCAAGAAAGCCGAAUGAAAGCAUACCAGAUUUGUGAGAACUUCAAAGAAACAUCGCCCCAUUGUGUAGCAUGUGGAGCUCUGCUUACUGAUACAAAGCAUUCCCCUGUCAUUAGGCAUUUUGGACUGCAGCUCCUGGAACAUUUUGUGAGAUUCAAGUGGAAUGAUGCGACUGGGGAACAGAAACUACAGUUCAAGAACCUGAUACUAGAAAUGAUCACUAAGAAGAGCACCAAUGUACUUGAGGAAGAGAACUACAUCAAGGAGGGUCUGGUGAAGAUCGUUGUGGAGAUGAUCAAGAGAGAGUGGCCUCAGCAAUGGCCCAGCUUACUGGAGGAGCUGGACCAGAUGUGCCAAAUAGGAGAUAGUCAGACUGAAUUGGUUCUUCUCAUCCUAUUGAGGCUGGUAGAAGAUGUGGUUUCAUUCCACAAUGUCCAGCAGAGCAGACGGCGGAAGGACCUCUGGCAAGCCCUGACAUCCAACAUGGCUCAGAUCUCCUCUUUCCUCAUCAAGGUUCUGGAGAUGUACUCUGAGAAAUACCAGUCAUUGGAAACUUCUGCACCGCAGAGUAAUGAGGCCAAGUCUGCAUGUAAGGUGACCCAGACGGUCCUUGUGACCCUGUGUGGCUUCGUAGAGUGGAUGGACGCCAAGCAUCUCUUCAAGGAAGAGAACCGCCUCCUCAUCUUCCUCUAUCAACUCCUUAGAAAUGAGGAGCUGAAGAUGCUGGCAGCAGAGUGCUUACAACUCAUUGUGCACAGAAAGGGUAAGAUAGAAGAGAGAAAACCACUGAUGGUGCUGUUCUGUGAUGUAGCUAUGACAGAACUCUUCAAUGCUGCCGUGAAAGCUUGCAGUGCCGGCCUCGAUGAAAAGAAUCACUUAUUUGUGAAGAAAUUGUGUCAAGUUAUCACAGGCUUGGGCUCACAGAUGUGUGCAAUAUGGGCAAUAGAAGGAGAGGUUUUUGAGCCGCCAUCCAAUCUCGCUUCCUACCUGAAGACCCUGUACAGUUUCACCCAGCAUGCCAGCACACAUGUUUGUCACCUAACUUCGGCUAGUUGGAUGGCGUUCCUGAGGCACGAGCACAUGCCACGCACCCAGGCUGUGCUAGAAAUUAUACCAAACCUCUGUCAGACUUAUAUUAGCACGUCUCAGAAGAUUGGCUACCCAUCUCGUAACGACUCCCCUGCCUGUGCUUAUGCCAGGAUUGAUUUUGACUCGGAUGAUGAGUUCUUUCAUUUCUUUGCAGCUCAUAGAUACUACCAGCUGGAGAUCCUCAGACAUGCAACAGGUCUUUGUCCCGAGACUACUUUCAGCAUAGCUGCUCGUUGGUUGCAGGAGCUUUUAGCUGCUCCCCUUGAGAGAGAGGAAGGCAAAGAACUGUGCACCAAUCACUCUCCAUCAACCAUCAAAUGGGACGCCAUGUCUAGUUACCUUGACAGCGUAAUAACAACCCUCAUCAAGAAAGACCAGCUACCAACACAGCAGGCCAUAGAACUGAUACAAGCAACUCUCAACUGUAAAAUAGAGGACCCAGUGAUUCUGUCUUUCCAGCUGACCUGUAUAUCAACACUAUUUCCGGUACUUCACCAUUCCAACCAACAUGUAGAAGGUGUCCUGGAUAAGCUCUUUGCUGCUGCUGUGUACUCGUGGCCUGGUCUGACUAAGAAGACAAGGACUCGAUCCGUUCAGAACGUCAGACGACACGCUUGCUCAGCUAUGGUCAAGAUGUGCAGAGAUCAUCAAACACUCAUGCUGCCCCAUUUUGAGAAGAUCUACACCCAAGUAAAGAGGCUGUGCUCUGAUCCAGAGCAGCUGACCCAGCUAGAGAGGGUCACACUCAGCGAGGCUCUCAUUCUCAUCAACAACGGACUCCAUAACUGGAACCGUCAGAGUGCCCUCAUUGCCGAGAUUAUGAAACCCAUCACAGAGGUCUGGCUGUCUCCACAUAUCACAGAAAUUAUCCAAUCUCCGGAGUCUUUCAUCCACAACAUUGGUCUUGACCAUCCAAGCGAUGCUCAGCCAAACCAGGAGGAUGUCCACAACAAGAAUCGUGCUCAGAUCUUCAGCUGUAUCUCAACCAGCCAGGCUGUCGUCAAGAGAAGCUGCUGGCCCUCAGACCCACAGGUGGCUGCAGCUGGAGGAUUUAUCAGUGGCCAUCUCCCAAGCGGUGCACCGAUCUACAAGAAUCCUAGUACUCCUCACAUCUUGCCUAUCUUGCCAAACCUCUUCACGCUUGCCAGAACCUUGAACGCUAUGUGGUCUCCUGAAUGCAGAGGGAAGGUGUGUCCAGAGUAUACUAAAUCAUACAACAUGACUGAGAAUGAGAGGAAUACUAUCCUAGGUUUAUAUGGGAACAGCACCGAGAUACCAACCAACAAACCAGUCGUGGAGAAGGUCCAAAUCUUCCUCACUGUUGUCUAUGAAACUACAUGUCACCUGUUCGCUGACUGUUUCCAGAGUCUUGGUUAUGAGUUCUUCGCUGCCGAGGGUCUGUCCAGUCAACUUCUCGAAUCUAUUUUCACCAACCUUCACCAUCUACCAGAUUACAGGCUCCGGCACAUCAUUCGUGUGGUGACCAAGGGCUUCGUGCAAUCCUGUCCCAGGGAAUGCUGGCAGUCGGUCCUGGUCCCGGUGAUGACUGGUCUAACUUCGUUCAUGGUCCAUAGACUGAACCAGCAAUGGGCCAUCAUUUUACAGAGGGCAGAAUCUGGUGAAGCGAGGGAGGAACAAAAUGAUGAACAAGAAACACAAGAGGUCCUGGAAGAUCAUCUAACGAGAACAGUCACCAAGGAAUUCAUGGAGUUAUUAGGAAAUCUAUGUUGGAGCAACAACAGGACAUCGUCCAGUAGUGUUACAGUGAAGGAGGAGGGAGGAGGCGGCGGUGGAGGAGAGUUAGAGAUGGAGACAGAAGAAGCCAUGGAACAGGGAGAGGGUGGGGCAGGGAACAGUGCAAAGUCAGAACCUGCUACUAUCAGUGACCUCGGAAAGGUCAUCUUACAGAACGAGAGACUAUGUGAGAGCAUCGUAACCUGUAUAUAUACAGCAAUGUCCUGGCCUGACAGUGGUGUUUGCAUGAAGGCAUGUCGUCUCUCAUGGCUCAUUGUGCAAGAGCUAGCGACCAGGCCUCUCUUACCUGAAGCAGUCACCCAUCUCUACACGUCUAUCCUUAGGGGGCUACAGAUACACGGAGAGCACGACACAUGUCGCGCAGAACUCGUCUACAGAGCAAUGAACCACUAUGAACUAUUGAGAGAGAAGUUCCCAGUCCUAACUGAAGUGAUGUUGAGUUUACCACACUGCACUCAGCCAGCAUUGCAGAAGUUCCAUGAGAAAGUCCCGAGCUCCAAGCCAUCUGAGAAGAAGAAGAGAGAGGCCUUCAAGAGCUUUAUCCAGAGCUUCAUCGGGGUACCUGUGAGUCAGAAGUUCAAGAGAAAGGAGGUGAUUCGUGACCUUCCAGCAAUCUUCAAGCCCAUGAAACCAAAGCUUAAUGUUGUGGAUGCAUCAGUAGGAGCAGAGGAGGCAGGUCUAGUCAUGCUUUUUGCCAGUGAUGCAGAUUUAUGAGACCUUUUAGUCGUUUUCAACUGCAUGAAACUUAAACCAGCUCUUCCUGAUGAUUCAGGCAGAGCAAAAGUCAUGCUGCUGUGAUAGUGUUGCAGAUAUGUGAGACUGUUUCAUCUCUAUCAAGUCCAUGAAACUUAAAGGGAGUGUAGCUUGGCAAAUACUGGUUAACGCUAUCUACGACUUCUUUCGGACAACUGCACGUAAACGAAUUGACUUGAUUAACAGUAUUCAGCGACUUGAUCUCUACAUGGUCAGCGUGCGCUAGCGUUUUCGAAACAGACUGAAGUUCUCCUCACAUUUCGGUUUCCCGUAUGUUGCACACACGUGAUUGCUGCGAUUGCAUCGUCCUUGGUCGUAUUAUACCAAAUUGGCCCCCGAGUCAGGCCAUGGGAAAGACACAUAGUCUUGUCAUGCUACACUCCCUUUAACCAACUCUCACUGAUAAUUCCAGGAGAGCAGAAGCCAUGAUGUUUGCUAGUGAUGUAGUGAUGCAAGACCUUUCAGACAUCUUCGAGCACUUGAAACCAAAGCCCUUGCCAUAGGUAGGAGCAGAGGACGCACGUCCGGUCAUGCUUUAUGCCAGUGAUGCCACUUUCUCACAGAUAUUUCUGGGACAGCAAAAGUCAUGCUGCUGUGCUAGUGUUGCAGAUAUGUGAGACCUUUUGAUCAUUUUCAACUGCAUGAAAUUCCAACCCACUCUCACUGACGAUUCAAGUACAGCAAGGAUGAUGAAUGGUUAGUGGAUCCGCUGUAGAUGAUUUUCAGAAGACUCCUGGUAAAAUCGGGAAGAUUGGCAUCUCUGAUAUGGUUAUGUGUGCAGUUGCAGGCAACGUGCACCAGUUGUAAACAUUGCUUUUUACACAUAGGUGAGAUGAUAGACUCACUUUACAACACUGUAUAGUCCUAGGCUAUGCUUUAUCAUGUAUUUGGAUGCAGUAGAGUAAGAACAUCCCUUUGCAAUUGAUACGAUUCUUGGUUAUGGUUCAUUUUGAUUUGAAUUAUUUAUUUCUCGUCAUGGUCAUUUUCCAAAGUUACAAACUAAUAACAUUGUUCAAUACUUGUCAGUUACUUUUGAAUAAAGCCUUAUUUUUAAUUUUUUUUUAGUUAUUGAAAGGUAGCACAUGUGACCCGAAGAAAUGUAUUUGCUUAUUUAGAUGUGUUCUCUUCAGAUUAUGAUAUAGAUGUAUUUCAAUUCACGGCAAGCACUUCAGUUCCCACAUCAGUGAA